UUAUACAUUUAGAUGGCACGUUUAUCAGAAACCUCUGAUAUUUCUGAGAGAACAAGAAAAGCAAUUUCCGGAGAGGUGUUUUUGCCAACCGACACACUCGAUCAGCCAUGUGACGUUAUAUUGGUUGUCGAAGACGGCAAAGAAUUCAAAGCUCACAGACACGUUCUUUCAAAGGCGAGUCCUUUCUUUGAAAAGCUGUUGAACAGUGACAUGAAGGAGCCCAAAGAAGGGAUUGUGCGACUUGAGGAGUUUAGCGAGUCUGUUAUGGGAAAUACUCUCGAGUUUAUUUACACUGGUAAUGUUCAGAUAUUGGCUGAAGACAAUGCCCGAGACCUGAUAAUCAUGGCCGAUUAUUUGUUUAUUCGGAACUUAAAGACUCUCGCUGAGGAGGUUUUACUACAGAACGGGUUAAAUUUUUCCGAUUGUUUUUCAAACUACUACUUUUCCGAAAGAUAUCGAUGCAGUGAACUGUUUUCCAAGUCCCAAAAAUUCAUCCUUUCGAAUUUUAGUGCCUUAUACGCAGCCAACCGGGAAGAGAUUCUGAAUAUGCCGAGCAAAGAUAUUAAAAUUUUCAUUUCAAGCGAUGAAAUUAAUGUUCGUGCCGAGGAAGAUGUGUUUAAUAUCAUUCUGUCAUGGAUUGAUCACGACAAAGGCAAGCGAAAGAAAUAUUUUGCCGAGUUAUUUCAUCAAGUUCGACUGAUUUAUGUAUCGCGUGACUAUCUAGUCAGUGAUAUCGUAACAAAUGAUCUUAUAAAAGACAAUGAGGACUGUUUUUAUCUUGUUGAAGACGCGAUGAAGUUGACUGAGUCUAAAGACUUUGAUGAUCUUUAUGUUACACCUAGGAAGUCACUUGAGACUUCCAUUAUUGCAGUUUAUGGGUACGAGGCAGGUCCCAACAUUCUGUUAUUUUCCUAAUGAAGACAAAUGGUGUUGUUUAGGUGAAUGUCUGUCUGUAUCAUCCACUUUAUAUCCCUGGCAAAGUGAAUUUGUCGCUUGUCGGGGCAAACUGUAUGGGAUAUUAGAAUCACUGCCUUUAAAUCCAGAAUCUUGGAAUGAAUCGGACUCAUUCCAACGCCAACUGAUUAGCUAUAAUCCAUACUCAAACAGCUGGAAAAGACUACCAUAUAAGGACGACAGAUAUCUGCAACAAAUAUUUGUUACAAAUGAAAAUGAAAUGUACGCUUUAGUAUCUGAACCAUGUAAAUAUCAUGGAUUAUGUCGGAGGUCGGUCAACACUCACAACACAGAGAUAGAUGCCUGUAGCAAGGAGAAACAUGUUUCCUUCAUUAUGCAGUACAAACCCGAAUCAAACUCAUGGCAAGAAGUAUCAUCGUUUGAUCAUUUGGGUUUCAGACAUCAUUUCCGCAUUGUAGCCAAAGGGAAUGCUAUCUAUUUUAUUGGAGGUGAAGAAUGGGGGUAUGGUGUCGCGAGCAUUGUUUUCAGUGAUGUCAACAGAUACGACCUUACCAAAGACGAAUGGAGCAAAAUACCCGACAUUCCUGAGGCCAGUAGGUACCCUUGGGUUGCUGCUCUGAACGACAAAAUCGUUGUUGGUACAACUAAACAAAAAGAUUUGCUGUGGCAAACGUAUCGAUGCUCAGUUUAUGACGAAACGACAGACGAGUGGCGGUUUAUUCCAAGCCCCAAUGGCCGUCUUGAAAAACUCUUGGCCGUUGAUGGCAAGCUGUACGCUGUGAGCAAUGUAAUGCGAGUUGCAGAAAGCAUAGGCAUAGAUACAAGAAUCGAAUGUUAUGACGCUGAUAAGAAUGAAUGGAACCUGAAAAAUGAAACAACUAUCCCUGGCGUGAGUGGAUUUACAAAUGCUUGUUCACUGAGAAUUUUCAAAGGAUUCCUUUCCGACCAUCAACUAGAAAAUUUCACUCCUUGUAGCAUAUCUGGACCUUCUGUCACACAGUCUACGUCCUCUGUCAAAUGCAAGUGCCACGUCAUGUGAUCUAUGUCAGGUGAUACGUCACCAUAAUCAAGCUAUUGUUACAAGUGAAUAAAUGAACGAUCAUAUAUUUGAACUGCGGCGAAAGGUAUGAAGACAUGGUUGAUCAUCGCAGUUGUACACACAACUUAAGUAGUUGUGAAAUUAAAGCCAAUAUACAACAGAACACUUCACGACCACGAACUGUUUAACAUACUCUGCGAAAAUAAUGCUACAUACACAUGUGCAAAGUUCCCGUAUUUAUCGGGUGGUAAACAGCGUCAUGUAAGAAACUCAGGAUAUGACAUCUCCUUUUUUUACGAACCCAUGACCUCUGCGGUACCGGUGCAGUGCUCUACCAACUGAGCUAUCAAGCCAACUGGGAGCUAAUCAUGUUGAUAAACUCACUCACUCGUGUUAACAAGUAAAUCUGCACAGGUUGCUGUCAUUUUCGAAGGAAAGGCAUUUUUAAGUUCUCUGCAAAACUCAAGCUUUGGUUUCAGAAAGUCUGUACACAGCAGGUAAAGGGUUGAAUAAAUAAUUUUGCCACCAUCAAUUCUAAAUUCUUUGCGGCGCUAUAUAUUUAUUACAAAGGAAGCUACAGAUUUAGGUUACAGAUCAUAGCGUUUGCAUGAAGUAUGCCGCUAGCAACGUCACAGCGAUCAGCUGGGCAAACAGAGGAGUGGUCCACAUAUCAACAGCGUUCAGUCUCUUCUACUGGUAUAAAAUUAGAAUAGCAAUUAGUUUGAUAGAAAAAUUAGGUGAUUAAUUAGCAAAAGUAUUUAAUUGGUAAUGAAGACUCUCACUGUUACGUAACAAUUAUUGACUAAGUAAUUAGUUUCAAUUUGUUACAACUAAGUGAAGUCGACAAAACUCGCGCACUGUUGCAAAUUCCUUUUUAUUUUCCAAAAUGAGUGAAAUCAAACCAGCUUACAAGACGUUUUCUGCCGAGGACGAUUUUCCUGAUCUUUCCACGCACAACAACUACAUGGCAAAGGCUUUGACUAAAGAAAUUUAUGCAAAGUUGAGAGACAAAGCCACCAAAAAUGGAUUCACUUUGGACGAUGUGAUUCAGACUGGUGUGGAUAAUCCGGGUCAUCCAUUUAUCAUGACAGUUGGUUGUGUAGCAGGAGACGAGGAGAGUUAUGACGUGUUUGCUGAUCUGCUUGACCCAGUAAUCGAGAUGCGACACGGUGGAUACAAGAAAACCGACAAGCACAAGACAGACCUCGAUUUCACGAAAAUCAAAGGCGGGAAACUCGAUGAGAAGUACGUCUUAUCGUCUCGUGUUCGUACCGGGCGCUCCAUCCGGGGCUUCUGUCUGCCACCACAUUGCUCGCGUGCUGAGAGGAGAGGAGUGGAGAAAGCAGUGGUUAAUGCACUUGACAAACUGGAUGGCAACUUCAAAGGAAAGUACUACCCACUCAACCGGAUGACAGACGCUGAACAAGAACAGCUUAUCGCAGACCACUUCCUGUUUGACAAACCAGUUUCGCCACUGCUGACGUGCGCGGGAAUGGCACGUGACUGGCCCGAUGCCCGCGGGAUCUGGCACAAUGAGAAAAAAAAUUUUCUUGUGUGGAUUAAUGAGGAGGAUCAUACUCGGGUGAUUUCCAUGGAAACUGGUGGAGAUAUGGCUGCUGUGUUUGAACGCUUCUGUACAGGACUUAACAAGGUCGAACAGCUGAUCAAAGAAGCUGGAUAUGAAUACAUGUGGAAUGAACAUCUUGGCUAUGUCCUCACAUGUCCAUCAAAUCUUGGCACCGGCCUCCGGGGAGGAGUGCAUGUUAAAAUCCCACUACUGAGCAAGGACGAAGAGAGACUGGACAGCAUUCUAAAGAAACUGCGCCUGCAGAAGCGUGGCACAGGAGGGGUGGACACGGCAUCCGUGGGUGGAACUUAUGACAUCUCCAACGCUGAUAGGCUGGGAUUUUCGGAGGUAGAGCAAGUCCAGGGAGUGAUUGACGGUGUCCAAUUAAUGAUUGAGAUGGAGAAAAAGCUGGAGAAUGGAGAAUCCAUUGAUGACUUGAUUCCCAAGUAAAUCAACAAGACAGGAAAUCUCUGAACAUUUGCUCUCUGAUCUCUCAAACUGAUGUAACUUUAUACCUUAUUCGAGAAAUCCAGUAUUAACAAGUCAGCAUCAUAGCGGAAUUUCGUCUGAACGUUUACAUUGCAAAAAGGUCAUUAAACACAUUAAUGCUAGUUUAA